AUGUUGCUGUUAACGAGCAACCAGACAAUUCUACUGAAGAAGAACACUCUGAUAGCAGAGAUGAUGGAGACGCUGCAGAAGACGUCUCUACAAACGGCUGCUGUGGAGUGUGAUGUUUGCACUACAGAGAAGAGCAGAGCUGUAAAGUCCUGUCUGCAGUGCUUGGCCUCCUUCUGUCAAACUCACCUGCAGCUUCACUAUCAAUCUCCUGCGUUUAUGAAGCACAAACUAGUCGAAGCCUCCAGACACAUUCAGGAGAACGUCUGCCUCAGUCAUAAAAAACCUCUGGAUAUUUUCUGUGAGGAUGACCGUCAAUACAUUUGUUAUUUGUGUAUGAUUGACAGUCAUGUAAACCACAAUAUGGUAUCUGUGGAUUCAAAAUGGACUAGUAAAAAGGAAGAGUUAAAGGAGAUAAACAUGGCUUGUCAAAAGCUGAUCCAGGAGCGAGAGAGAGGUCAGCAAGAUCUCAGUGAAGCUGUGAAAUCUUUUAAAAGUUCAGCACAAGAGGCCGUGGAGAACAUUGAGAAGGUCUUCACUGAGCUCAUCUGCUCUCUGGAGAAGAAACGCUCUGAGAUUAAAGAGCAGAUCAGAGAUCAGGAGAAGACUGAGAUAGAUCGAGCAGAGAAACUUCACAAACAUCUGGAUCAAGAGCUGACAGAACUCAGAAAAAGACAAGCAGAGAUUGAGAAACUUCUGAUUACUGAUGAUCAGAUCCACUGUCUGAAGAGCUGUCAGUCUGUGUGUGUUUUACCCAAAUUUGAAGAAGUUCCCAGCUUCUCUCAACACACUCAUCUGUCUUUUAAAGACAUUUCAAUCUCAGCAUUCAGAGAGGUUUUGGAGGACGUCUGUCAACAGCAAACAGCCAGAAUUUCUCGAGAAGUGUCAAAUGUCCAUUUUGCAAAGACUCCAGAACUAAAGACCCAAAAUGAUUUUUUGCAGUAUUUCUGUCAACUUAACUUGGAUCCAAACACUGCAAACAAAACCCUCAAACUGUCAGUAAAGAACAGAAAAGCAUCAAGUUCAGAUCAAAUCCAGCAAUAUCCUGAUCACCCAGAGCGAUUUGAUGGGUUUCCCUACAUCUUGUGUAGAGAGGGUUUGUACGGUCGCUGUUACUGGGAGGUUGAGUGCUGUGGGAACAACUGGGCUGUAGCAGCUUGUUACAAAGGAAUUGGUCGUAAAGGAAACAGUGGUGAUGACUGUAAACUUGGCUUGAACAAAAUAUCCUGGAGAUUGGGCUAUUAUCUACAGAAUUUCUGUUUCAUGCAUGGUAAAGCACAGGUCCGUAUCCCUCCUUCCUCUAGAAUAGGAGUGUAUCUGGAUCACAGAGCAGGAACUCUGUGCUUCUACAGCGUCUCUGACACAAUGACUCUACUACACAGAGUCCAGACCACAUUCACUGAACCCCUCUACCCUGCAUUUUUUGCUGCGUUGGGUUCAUCUGUCAGGAUCAUAGAGCAGAGGGAAGUUAAAAAAGGCCAAAUAUAAAAACAGAAUGUAUGACAAAGUUUUACCAUAAAUCAU